AAACUGUCCCCGCACAAGCAUGGGAAAUUCUUGGAAAAAUCAGUCACAGCGCAUCCAUUGAACAGGAUGGACACGGAAAAAGUUUUACUGGAUAUUAUGACGAGAGCUCUGAAUGCAAAAAUGGACUUGAGUGACUUUUCAAGCAUUAAGGAAAAUAAGGAUUUAGAUGUGUUUCCUGUGAAAUAUAAAUUUUCCGGGAUUUUCAUUGUGCUCGCAUCGAUUUUGUGGAUGUACCGAGAUGAAUUUCUUUUGGAUCAAUGUCUUGUUGCAAUGCCUGAUGAAUUAGCAAAAGCUUUCCGACCUCCUAUUGAUUGUGACUUUUGCGUGGGAAAGAAGGAAGUAAUUCGGGCAUUUGACUUGAGUCCUGAUGUCUUUGAGAAUAAUUUUGCCUACGAAGGUGGACCACUAAUUGUCAUUGAUGCCAUGAACAAUUGGACAGCACCUGAGGUUUUCGACUAUUGGUACUUUAGGAAGACAUACCGUGAGGCAAAGAAGAAGAGAAGCAUUCUAAAUUGCCAAUUUUUCCCCUAUAAAUCUGGUUUGAGGAAUCUCUUUGAGGCCUUUGAUAUGCCCGAAGAGCGUGUGGCUCAGAAGCAAGGAACUGAUCCUUGGUACUUUGGAUGGAGCAAUUGCAAUCAUGAAAUUGCUAAAAUACUCCGAAAGCACUACUCAAGCCCAUAUUUUCUGCCCAAAUCCUCGGAGAAUAAUGCAAUUGAUUGGAUUUUUAUGGGUGUCCCAGGAAAGGGGGCUCAUUUGCACGUUGAUAACGUUCGACUACCAUCCUGGCAAGCACAGCUAAAGGGUACAAAGGAGUGGAUCCUUGCUCCACCACCUGAAUGCUACUACAGGUGCUUCUCUUUCUCCACAAUUGUUAAACCCGGAGAGAUUAUUGUUCUCGACACAAACAGAUGGUAUCAUCAGACUAAUGUUCUUCCUGGAGAAGUUAGCAUUACAAUCGGAGCGGAAUAUGAUUAAAAAAAGGAAUAGUGAGACACUCACCUGGAAACUAUUGUUGCUCCUGGUGGGAACUCAACUGUCUCCUCACGAAUCUCCAGGUCGUUGUAGAAGCUUACCACAUUUGGUUCGUCGUUGUGAAACAUACAUGAUGUAUUCACUGUUUAAAGAAUAAAUGUUGUUGCGUCUUAAA